AUGACUAACAAUGAGGCCGAGUAUGAGGCCGUAAUUGCAGGACUGAAGUUGGCCCUAAAGUAUGGUGCACGACGAGUCAUCCUCCACUACGACUCUCAACUCAUUCUAAACCAAGUUACUAGGACUUUCCAAAUGAAGGAACAGAGGCUACAAAAAUAUCAAGCAAAAAUCCAUAAGCUACUACCGGAAUUCGACGAAUGCCGAUUCGAUCAGAUACCCCAGGCACAAAACAUCGAAGCAGACGGCCUCACCAAACUGGCCGCAUCAACCAAAAAUAUCAGCAAGGAAAACAUGGUCACCCUCAUCCACUCAUCAAUAGACCAUGUCGAGGUGCGUUCACCCAAAUACGCAAAUAGUAAGUCAUCGCAUUCAUCUGGAAAAACAUCAUAUGACGCUUCGACAUCCCCAAAGAAAUCAGUUGUGAUAAUGGACCUUAGUUCAUUGGGAAAAAGACGACCGAGUUCUUCGAAAAAUGGCGCAUCAAGCAGAUACUCUCCACACUAUAUCAUCCCGCCGGCAACGGUCAAGCAGAAUCCUCCAACAAAACAAUAUGGAAUAUACUAA